UCUCUGCUUUGUCUUAACCUUUUCUCUUUUCUCUCUUUACUCCAAUAAACUUAACGCCAUAGAACUCAUCACAGACACAAAGAGACUCUCUCUCUCUCGCUCUCACUCUACACGCUCACACCGCUCUUCAUUUCUUCAUCUCAAUGCUCUUCUUCUCUUAUCCCUAAGAUGUUAUGAUCAAAGUCAACGGAUCUUUCAUUCUCAUUCACGGAUUUUGACUCUUCAAAACAGGUAAACCAAACUCAAAACUAAACGAUACCCGAUUCCCCCAUUUCGAAAAAGUUUCGUUUUUUUAUCCAAUUCCGAUCCAACAAGAUAAAAAUCGAUCACGCCCGCCAUGGCAUCCAGCACGAUCCGGAAGGCAAUCGGUGUAGUUAAGGACCAAACGAGCAUCAGCAUCGCCAAAGUCGCCGGAAAUUUGGCCCCUGAACUCGAAGUCCUUGUCGUCAAAGCCACGAGCCACGAAGAGGUUCCCGCCGAUGACAAGUACGUAAGGGAAAUCCUGAGCCUCACUUCGCAUUCAAGGGGCUACGUCAAUGCAUGCUUGAUCACAAUUUCUAAGAGGCUUUCCAAGACGCGUGAUUGGAUUGUUGCUGUCAAGGCCCUUAUGCUUGUUCAUAGGGUUCUCGUUGAUGGGCACCCUCUUUUUGAGGAAGAGCUUGUGUAUGCAACACGCAGAGGGAUGAGGAUCCUUAACAUGAGUGAUUUCAGGGACGAGGCUCAUUCAAGUUCUUGGGAUCAUGCCGGUUUUGUCAGGGUUUAUGCAUUGUACCUUGAUGAGAAAGUUGAGUUUGUGGCUUAUCAGAGGAUGCUCAGAAGUGGUGGUGGUGGUGAAUCUGGUGGUGAUGGUGAAUUUAGGGAUGAGUUUGGUUCUGGAAUUGGUAGGAGGACUAGGUCUUAUGGUGAUGUGAGUGAGUCAUAUGGAAGAGAGCAUAAUCCGAGGAAUGAGGUUGUGACCCCUGUUAGGGAGAUGGGAUCUGAGAGGGUUUUGGAGAGGUUGAAGCAUUUGCUUCGGAUCCUCGACCGUGUUUUAGGUUGUAGGCCGAGUGGCGCCGCCAAGAGUAGUAGGCUUGUGCUAGUUGCGCUUUACCAGGUUGUGAGGGACAGCUUCAAGGUUUAUGUGGAAUUGUGUGAUGUGUUGGGAGUGUUGUUGGAUCGGUUCACUGAAAUGGAAUAUGCACAUUGUGUAAAGGCCUUUGAUUGUUAUGUUGGCGCGGCCAAGACGAUGGAUGAGCUUGUUGGCUUCUACAGUUGGUGCAAGGACAUGGGAAUUGCAAGGUCAUCUGAGUACCCUGAAGUGCAGAGAAUCACGGAUAAGCUUCUCGCCACACUUGAGGGUUUCUUGAAAGAGAAGACUAUUAGAGCAAAAAGUCCUGAGAGGAACAUAGAACAGGCCAAGGUAACUGUCAUAGAGAAAGAGACAGAGACAGAGCCAGAAAUCAAUGAGAUGAAGGCACUCCCGGCACCUGAGAACUUCACACCAGCACCGCCGCCCUCGUUUGUUGCGCAGCCUAAGCCGGCAGCUCCUACUCAUAAGCAGACAAAUGAUUUAGUGGAUUUAAGGGACAAUGGCAAUUCAGCUGAUGAGCAAGGGAAUAAACUAGCAUUGGCAUUGUUCAAUGGACAAGCAGCAGUGAGGGGAGAAGGUUCUUGGGAGGCAUUCCCUUCAAAUGGUGAACCUGAAGUGACUUCAGCAUGGCAAACGCCUGCUGCUGAACCUGGCAAAGCAGAUUGGGAACUUGCAUUGGUAGAGACAAGUAGCAACUUGUCGAAGCAAAAAGCAGAUUUGGCAGGUGGAUUUGAUCCACUGCUACUGAAUGGGAUGUAUGAUCAAGGUGCUGUGAGGCAACAUGUGAACACAAAUCAACUGAGUGGUGGGAGUGCUAGCAGUGUGGCACUCCCAGGACCCGGCAAGAGCGCCACGCCCAUUCUGGCUCUGCCUGCCCCGGAUGGAACAGUGCAGGCAGUAGGGCCGCAGGAUCCGUUCGCAGCGUCGCUGGCAGUGCCGCCGCCGUCUUAUGUGCAAAUAGCAGACAUGGAGAGGAAGCAGCAUUUGCUUGUGCAGGAGCAACAAGUAUGGCAGCAGUAUGGGAGAGAUGGGAUGCAGGGUCAGGUGGGGUUAGCAAGGGUUGCUGGUUCUGGCUACUAUGUUGCUGGCCAUCAACCUGUGAUCAUGCCUUAUGGAAUGCCACAGUUUGGUGUUGGUGGUGGAUACUACCACCAUGCACCUUUUUGACUUGCAUUGGUUCGCUUUUUAUUGGGGCUCUUUGUUUUUGCGCCAAACUAUGUUUUUUUCUUUCUUUUCUACGAGCUGUGUGGUGUAUCUAAGUUUGUUUGGCAAUGCGGUUUCCCAGGUGCCAGAGGGGAUAUCUAUACAUAUUUAAGAGUUUUGUACUUGUCAAGUAUUAAGUUACAUACUACAAUCUACAACAAUAAUAAUAAUUGUUAUUA